ACUUAAUUAUAACAGAUUGUUGUGUGCGUGGUUGUGAGUGUGGAGAAAAGCCAGAUUGCAUUAUAUUUUUAAUAAUUCAGCGCGUUUUAACCGACGGAUCUUUUAUGAAAGCUGCUCCCUGGUUGUUUUAAUUGCGUAAGUCCUCAGAUGUAAAGGCCUCCUUGGUGAUAUAAUAACAGAAGCAGCAUCUAGUAGUGCUGUGUACCUCAGAAGGCGUGGAGAGAAAGUGCGUUAUUGUUGGUUGACACUCAUCAUCAUCAUCAUCCUCGUCCUCAUCCGGCCUGCUGAGAAGCGAAGCCGGGAGCUGGAGUUUGGACUCAAGACUCGCCAUGGCGGUAAAUCUAGACAAGGAAGCAUACUACCGCCGGAUCAAGAGAUUAUACGGCAACUGGAAGAAAGGAGAGGAUGAGUUUGGCAAAGUUGAUGCCAUCGUGGUGUCUGUCGGAGUGGACGAAGAAAUUGUCUAUGCUAAAUCCACGGCAAUACAGACAUGGCUCUUUGGCUACGAGCUGACGGACACCAUCAUGGUCUUCUGUGACACCAAAAUCAUAUUCCUCGCCAGCAAGAAGAAGGUGGAUUUCCUCAAACAGGUGGCCAUAACGAAAGGCAACGAGAACGCAAACGGUGUCCCGCCCAUCACUCUGCUCACCAGAGAAAAGAAUGAAAGCAACAAAGCCAAUUUCGACAAGAUGAUAGAGGCGAUCAAAGGCAGCAGAGAAGGAAAGACGGUGGGCAUCUUCAGCAAGGACAAAUUCCCUGGAGAGUACAUGAAGAGCUGGAACGACACGAUCUCCGCCGAAGGCCUUGAGAAGGUUGACAUCAGCGCCGUGGUCGCUUACACGAUGGCGGUGAAAGAGGACGGGGAGUUGACCCUGAUGAAGAAGGCGGCAGCGAUCACCAGCGAGGUUUACUCCAAGUUCUUCAAAGAGCGCGUCAUGGAGAUCGUCGAUGCUGACGAGAAAGUACGUCACAGUAAGCUGGCAGAGUCGGUGGAGAAGGCGAUUGAGGAGAAGAAGUACCUUGGCGGAGCAGAUCCCUCCACCGUGGAGAUGUGUUACCCUCCCAUCAUCCAGAGCGGCGGAAACUACAGCCUGAAGUUCAGCGUCGUCAGUGAUAAGAACCACAUGCACUUUGGUGCGAUCACGUGCGCCAUGGGGAUCCGCUACAAGUCGUACUGCUCCAACCUGGUGAGAACCCUCAUGGUGGACCCGCCUCAGGAGAUGCAGGACAACUACACCUUCCUGCUGCAGGUGGAGGAGGAGCUGCUGAAGGAGCUGAAACACGGUGUAAAAAUCUGUGAUGCCUACAACGCCGUCCAGGAGUAUGUGAAGAAAGAGAAGCAGGACCUUUUACCAAAGCUGACAAAAAAUCUUGGCUUUGCAAUGGGAAUUGAGUUCAGAGAAGGUUCGUUGGUUUUGAACGCUAAAAACCAGUACAAACUGAAAAAAGGUAUGGUGCUGAGUAUCAGUUUGGGCUUUGCUGACCUCGUCAACAAAGACGGCAAGAAGGAUGAGCAGAAGAAGUAUGCUUUGUUUAUCGGGGACACAAUACAGAUCAAUGAGGAGGAGGCCGCCACAAUACUCACACCAGUCAAGAAAAAGAUAAAAAAUGUGGGGAUCUUCCUGAAGAACGAUGAUGAGGAGGACGAGGAGGAGGAAGGAGACGAUGCCGAGGAGCUGCUGGGGAAGGGAGCUCGCAGCGCCGCCCUGCUGGCAGACAGAACCAGAAACGAGAUGACUGCGGAGGAGAAGAGGCGGGCCCACCAGAAGGAGCUGGCCAAUCACCUGAAUGAAGAGGCGAAGCGUCGUCUGACGGAGCAGAAAGGAGAGCAGCAGAUCCAGAAGGCCAGAAAAUCUAACGUGUCCUACAAGAACGUCUCUCAGAUGCCUCGAGAAAAAGAGAUCAGAGAAAUGAAGAUCUUCAUCGACAAGAAGUACGAGACCGUUGUCAUGCCCGUGUUUGGUAUCGCCACGCCGUUCCACAUCGCCACCAUCAAGAACAUCAGUAUGUCUGUAGAAGGAGACUACACCUACCUGAGGAUCAACUUCUACGUCCCCGGCAGCUCUCUGGGACGACAGGAGGGAAAUAUCUUCCCCAACCCCGAUGCCACAUUUGUUAAAGAAAUUACGUACCGAGCGUCCAACCUGAAAGCUCCUGGCGACACGUCGGUGCCCUCCACCAACCUGCAGAACGCCUUCCGCAUCAUCAAGGAGGUGCAGAAACGCUACAAGACGCGAGAGGCCGAGGAGAAGGAGAAGGAGGGCAUCGUCAAGCAGGACUCGCUGGUCAUCAAUCUCAACCGCAGCAACCCCAAACUCAAAGACCUCUACAUCAGACCCAACAUCGCUCAGAAGAGGAUGCAGGGCUCGCUGGAAGCUCACACGAAUGGUUUCCGUUUUACAUCAGUCCGUGGAGAUAAAGUGGACAUCCUGUACAAUAACAUCAAACACGCCAUCUUCCAGCCAUGCGACGGGGAGAUGAUCAUCGUUCUGCACUUCCAUCUCAAGAACGCCAUCAUGUUCGGAAAGAGGCGCCACACAGACGUCCAGUUCUACACAGAAGUCGGUGAGAUCACCACAGACCUUGGCAAACACCAACACAUGCACGACCGCGACGACCUUUACGCCGAGCAGAUGGAGCGCGAGAUGAGGCACAAGCUCAAGUCAGCCUUCAAGAACUUCAUCGAGAAGGUGGAGACACUGACGAAGGAGGAGCUGGAGUUUGAGGUGCCCUUCAGAGACCUUGGGUUCCAGGGCGCCCCCUACAGGAGUACCUGUCUGCUACAGCCCACGUCCAGUUCACUUGUAAAUGUCACUGAAUGGCCACCGUUUGUGGUGACCCUGGACGAGGUCGAGCUGGUCCACUUUGAGCGUGUGCAGUUCCACCUGAAGAACUUUGACGUGGUCAUCGUCUACAAGGACUACAACAAGAAGGUCACCAUGAUCAACGCCGUGCCCGUCAACUCACUGGAUCCCAUCAAGGAGUGGCUCAACUCGUGUGACAUCAAGUACACAGAGGGAGUCCAGUCACUGAACUGGACAAAGAUCAUGAAGACCAUCGUCGACGAUCCUGAGGGUUUCUUUGAGCAGGGAGGCUGGUCGUUCUUAGACCCAGAGAGCGAGGGAAGCGGUGCAGAGGAAGACUCGGAGUCAGAGAUGGAGGACGAGACAUUCAACCCGUCUGCAGAUGAAGAGGAGGAGGAGGAGGAAGACAGUGACGAGGACUACAGCUCAGAAACUGAGGACUCUGAAUACAGCGCAUCGAUGGGCAGUGAUGAGGAGAGCGGGAAAGACUGGGACGAGCUGGAGGAAGAGGCCAGGAAAGCUGACAGAGAGAGUCACUACGAGGACGAGGAUACGUCCAACAAGAAGAGGAAGGUCCGGUCAGAGCCUCCGCCCAGCAAGAAGAAGAGACGGCACUAAACGUCAGACACACACACACACAUACUGCCAAACCUAGUUUACCCAUGAUCCUUUGUUCGACCCCGACCAGCUCUUCUGACACAGUCAUGAUGUGUACAUAGACGUUAGAAAGAAGCCCCUAAUUUCAGUGUUGGUCAGUGAUGUUGAAAUGAGAAAGAAGCAGGCACAACACGUCAUUUAUUAGCUUUUUCUCCUCCUCAUUCCUUCCUCAUUCUCUCUUUCGUUUCCUCCUCCAUCCAUCAGGGUUUCAUGUUUGUGUGUCUGUGUGUGUGCACCUGUGUCUAAAUGGGUUUUUAUUGUCGAUUUUCUGUUUCUUAACUAACGAAAUAAUAAAAUUAAAGACUUAAGAAUAUUCUGCCAAGUGUUUUUAUAUCAAAACAGAAGCUUCUGGUUCAUCCCCGCCCUCUUUGUCCUCUGUGUUUCACGCUCCCCACCUUUAUUUUCUUUCUGUGUUUGUUAAAUUGUGGUAAAAAGAUUCAGCAUUGUCUUUUUCAGGGAGGGGCAGAGAAAUUUCAGAUUUUUUUUUUAUUAGGGGUUUGUAAAGGCACACACACGUACACACAGUCUCCCUCGCACUUGUCUCCUCUCUGUUUCCCUUUUUUGUUUAUUUUGAGUAGAUUCUGUUUGUUGUUGUACUGUUAAUUCUGAAAAAUCCUGUUUUUGUAAUAAAAUUAAAAGGAACUCUA